AUGAACAAAUUAUUCUCCAAAGUAUUCCCAAUUCGUACCAUUGGUAAAUUAUUAUCGUCACUUACUCCUGGAAUAAAAAUGGUGCGAUACUUUCCGAAUCCUUAUGAGGACUAUAAGUCGGGAACUAACUUGAAUAUUGAAAAGGAGGAGGUGUUGACCCAGAUAAAUGAACAUAUUAAGAAUAUUACCAAGCGCAUUCAGCCAAAUCGUAAAAAUGUUGAAGGUGGCUUAUAUGUCGGCAUUACGGGAAUAUCGUAUAUGUUUUAUUACUUAUCGCGAAAUCCCUUACUAUCGGAAAUGAAGACUGAGUAUAUAGCAAAAGGACUCGAUUAUCUUGCACCGGCAUUAGAAACGUCAGCCGGCGAUAAAACUUCAUACCUUCUUGGCGACGCCGGCACCUUCGCUCUAGCGACUGUUUUAAAAAAAGAAAUGGGUGAUGAGGAGUUCACCCAUAGUUUAAAAACAUAUAAAUCUCUGUACAACUAUUAUUUGAACCCAAAGUUUUUAAAAUGCGGAGGGGACGAGUUUUUCGUCGGUCGUGCCGGCUAUCUAGCCGGAGCUCUGUGGAUAAGUCGCGAGUUGAAAACUGAAAUAUUCACUCCGGAGGAAUUGUAUAAAAUUUGCGACAUAAUCGUCGCAUCUGGUCGUCAAUUCGCAUCGGCACACAAUAGUCCUUCACCGUUAAUGUAUCAUUAUUACAAUACUAAAUAUUUGGGAGCAGCUCAUGGUAGUAGUUUCAUUCUGCAAAUGCUCCUAUCUGUACCUGGUUAUUUGGAGUACAAUAAAACUGCAGCCCAGGAUAUAAAGAGCACAGUUGAGUUCAUAGCGUCUUUACAAACGGAGGAAGGGAAUUGGCCUUGUUGUAUGGAGGAGGUUGGUUUAUCUGAUCAUAAGUUAGUUCAUUGGUGUCACGGAGCUCCUGGUACUGUUUAUUUGAUGGCCAAAGCAUACCUGGUGUUUAAAGACCAGAAGUAUUACAAUGCCUGUGUAAGGGCUGCAGAACUUGUAUGGACUAAAGGUCUCCUCCGUAAAGGUCCAGGAUUAUGCCACGGUGUGGCCGGUAAUGGCUAUGUCUUCUUGCUUCUUUACAGAUUAUCGGGUGAUGACAAAUAUCUUUAUAGAGCUAAGCUGUUUGCUGAUUUUAUGAAUACUGAGGAUUUCAUGCGGGAUGCCCGACUGCCUGAUAAUCCGGAGAGUUUGUAUGAGGGUACGGCUGGGACAGUCUGCUUUUUAUCGGACCUCCUUGUCCCAGACAAGGCAGAAUUCCCUUUCCAAGAUGUAUUCUCUACUUAUGUUUAUUAA